AUGAAGGCGUUAGGGUAUUGGCUAAUGGUGGUUGGUUCACUGAGAUUAGCUUCUGUUUGGUUUGGUUUCUUCAACAUUUGGGCUCUUCGUCUCGCCGUCUUCUCUCAGACCACCAGUUGGCUCCUUUCGGAUUACAAGAGUCUCAAGAUGUUCUUUCUGUUUAAAACUGUUUUGGCAGUGAGUGAAGUUCAUGGACGUACGUUCGGAGUAUGGACACUCUUGACCUGCACUCUCUGCUUUCUUUGUGCAUUCAACCCCGAUAACAAACCGUUAUACUCGGCUACGUUUCUCUCCUUUAUCUACGCCUUAGGCCAUUUUCUGACCGAAUACAUCUUCUACCAUACAAUGACCAUCGCGAAUCUCUCUACUGUGGCCUUCUUUGCAGGCAUAUCGAUUGUGUGGAUGCUAUGGGAGUGGAAUUCCCUUGAACAACCGCACUCCAAACUUUCAUGA